UCUCUACUGCUGCUGCUACUGCUGUUGCUGCCGAGGCUGCCACAGCCGCUACUGCUGCCGGCAGAGCUGCUGGGAGUGAGCAUCCCCCGUCUGGGAUAACCAGCUCCGCGGCAUCUCCUGCGUGCCCUGGCUCCACAGGGACCUGCCAGCCCUAGGGAACAAAAGCGGAGCCCCUUCUCGCCCUCUCCUGCAGCCAGAGGAUGAGUCGAGAGGGCUGAGCGGAGAGUGUGGUUCUUGGCGACUGGGCGGCGGAGAAGCUCUGUCCUUGGCAUCUCCCAUGACGGUUCCUGACGUGUGGUCCCGGUAGUCUUGGGAAAACAUCAGCCAAUUGCUUCCGUCCAGAUCUCAGGCCUCCCUUUCCCCAGCAUCACCCCCACCCAGCCUGGACACCUUGACGGAACCAUUUUCUAGGAUACACCAUUCAGCAGGACAUGGUGGGGAGCCCUGACUCCAUGUCUUCAUGACUGAGGAACUCUUGCACAACACAAAGCGCUCGGAAGAACUGAAUGAAAUGUGCAGCUGUCGGUGUCAUUUCUGAAGGGAGGACUCGUUUUCUUGGAGAAGAGGCCUCAAUGAGCCUGGCCGAGGCCCGGGAUCUGUGUGAAGUGGACUAAGGAUUUAGUAGGAUGUCAACUGAGACAGAACUUCAAGUAGCUGUGAAAACCAGCGCCAAGAAAGACUCCAGAAAGAAAGGUCAGGAUCGCAGUGAAGCCACUUUGAUAAAGAGGUUUAAAGGUGAAGGGGUCCGGUACAAGGCCAAACUGAUUGGGAUUGAUGAGGUUUCCGCCGCUCGGGGAGACAAGUUAUGCCAAGACUCUAUGAUGAAACUCAAGGGCGUUGUGGCUGGCGCUCGUUCCAAAGGAGAACACAAACAGAAAAUCUUUUUAACCAUCUCCUUUGGAGGCAUCAAAAUCUUUGAUGAGAAGACAGGGGCUCUUCAGCAUCAUCAUGCUGUUCACGAAAUUUCCUACAUCGCCAAGGACAUCACAGAUCACCGGGCCUUUGGAUACGUUUGUGGGAAGGAAGGGAAUCACAGAUUUGUGGCCAUAAAAACAGCCCAGGCGGCUGAACCUGUUAUUCUGGACCUAAGAGAUCUCUUUCAACUUAUUUAUGAAUUGAAGCAAAGAGAAGAAUUGGAAAAAAAGGCACAAAAGGAUAAGCAGUGCGAACAAGCGGUGUAUCAGUACAUUGUGUUUGAGGCUGGACACGAGCCAAUCCGUGAUCCCGAAACGGAAGAAAACAUUUAUCAGGUUCCCACCAGCCAAAAGAAGGAAGGUGUUUAUGAUGUGCCAAAAAGUCAACCUGUAAGUAACGGCCGUGCGUUUGAGGAUUUUGAAGAACGGUUUGCCGCGGCCACGCCGAACAGAAACCUGCCGAUGGACUUUGAGGAGAUUUUUGAGGCAACAAAGGCUGUGACCCAAUUAGAACUUUUUGGGGACAUGUCCACCCCUCCUGAUAUAACCUCUCCCCCCACUCCUGCAACUCCAGGUGAUGCCUUUAUCCCGUCUUCAUCUCAGACACUUCCGGCGAGUGCAGACAUGUUUGGUUCUGUACCUUUCGGCACUGCUGCUGUACCCUCAGGUUAUGUUGCCAUGGGCGCCGUCCUCCCAUCCUUCUGGGGCCAGCAGCCCCUUGUCCAACAGCAGAUCGCCAUGGGUGCUCAGCCACCAGUCGCUCAGGUGAUGCCGGGGGCUCAGCCCAUCGCAUGGGGCCAGCCGGGUCUCUUCCCUGCCACUCAGCAGCCCUGGCCCACCGUGGCCGGGCAGUUUGCGCCAGCCGCCUUCAUGCCCACACAAACUGUUAUGCCUUUGCCAGCUGCCAUGUUCCAAGGUCCCCUCACCCCCCUUGCCACCGUCCCAGCCACGGGGGACUCCGCCAGGUCAAGUCCACAGACCGACAAGCCCCGGCAGAAAAUGGGGAAAGAAAUGUUUAAGGAUUUCCAGAUGGCCCAGCCUCCGCCCGUGCCCUCUCGCAAGCCCGACCAGCCCUCCCUCACGUGCACCUCAGAGGCCUUCUCCAGUUACUUCAGCAAAGUCGGGGUGGCGCAGGACACAGACGACUGUGAUGACUUUGACAUCUCCCAGUUGAAUUUGACCCCUGUGACUUCUACCACGCCAUCGACCAACUCACCUCCCACCCCAGCCCCCAGACAGACCUCUCCAUCCAAAUCAUCUGCAUCCCACGCCAGUGAUCCGACCACUGAUGACAUCUUUGAAGAGGGCUUUGAAAGUCCCAGCAAGAGCGAAGAGCAAGAAGCCCCUGAUGGGUCACAGGCCUCAUCCAACAGUGAUCCAUUUGGUGAGCCCAGUGGGGAGCCCAGUGGUGAUAAUAUAAGUCCACAGGCCGGUAGCUAGAUAGCACAGGUCUGGGAGCUGGAGCCUCUCUAUGCGCAGAUCCACAGACCUAAGAAAUAGCAUUGACACGGGCUUGCGGCAGGUGCUUCAAGACCGGCAUGGAAAUCAGCAUCACGACAGGCUCUCUUGUGUUCUUUCACCUCACCUCAUCCCACGAAGAAAUUCAUGAUUGCCCAAUGGAACUCGCUUGGAAGAGGGAACUGAGAGUUUUUGGCAACUACGGCAGAUAUUUAUGGCAGCACAAAAACAAACAAACAAAACCACCCAAGAGUAUAAACAAAUCAUACCCAACAUGGAAUCACAAGUCAAGCAAAUGCUUGCCCAAUACAUAUUCAAAGCUCCCUUAGGGUGGGUUUAAGAUGACCUCGUGUGUGAAACCAUAGUUCUCCUUUUAUGUCUCUACCUGUUGACCGAUGUAAAGACAUCCGAUUGGGAGGAACAGGCCUCAGAGAGUGUCAUCAGGGGUGGCACUGACGUCAUUGAGGCAAAAGCGGGAGUUCCUCAGUGUCAUCAUCACCACCCCCCAAGGCCGGGUCUGCCAUCUCUCCCCUUUCCUUUCUUUGUCAUGUUUGAGAAUUAAUGGGUGUACAAAUUUUUGUAUUGCUUUUGACUUUUUUUAGAUAUUGGUGAAGAAAUCUAACUGGGGGAAAAAAAAAAAAAAGCCUUGUAUGAAAUGAAUUAACUUGAAAUCGCAAGACAAAUGAGUGAUUGAUGAUGAUUCUUGAUUGAGAAUGUUGCCAAAACAACCCUUUAGCUAUUCUGCAUCCCGGUGAAGAAAGACAGCUUUCGGUUUAACCUUCGCUCUGUGAGUAGGAAAGGACAUCGAAUCCCAUUGAUGAGAAAGAUGAAAAAUGCAUCUGAUUACCUAGGAAGCUCUAAACUCUAAGGACAAUAAAAUGAUAUUUUUUAUUUUUCCGAUA